AUGAGUCGCGUGCGAUCUGCAAUGAGCGUCCGAUCAAACGGCACUGGGGCAAGUGUCCGGUCCAUUCGCUCAAAGGGGACCGCCGCGUCCAGCAAAACCGGCGGGAAAGGCAAGGUGCCGACGGUGUUCGAGUUUGCGUGCAUGGCGUGCGCACGCGAGAAGAACAACGUAGAGGCAACGAACUACUGUACUGACUGCGCGGAGAAUCUUUGCGCAAGCUGCGUCAAGCAGCAUCUGAAAUUUCCCGCAAUGAAGGACCACAAGGUCCUGGGAAAGGAUGCCCGGCGGAACCCCGAUGAUGCGUCGCCCCCGAGGGACUCCCCUCUGGAGUGCCCAAGCCAUCCGGGCAAGUCCGCCGACAUGUACUGCGCCGACCACGACGAAGUGCGCUGCGGAGCGUGUAUAGCCGUCAAUCACAGAACCUGCAUUAACGUGAUGUUAGUGCAACAGGUCGCAAGAGGCGUAACAAAGACAGAGGAAUUUAAAACGGUCAAAGCAGAAAUACAACAGGCUAAGAAGAACCUUGUCUCACUGAAGAAACGCAACGAACGUGGACUGACUGGCAUAGAGAAACAAAAGGUUGCGAUCGUGAACAAGAUAAAAGCAACGAGGACACGGCUGGAGCAAGUCCUAGAUUCUCUGGAGCAGAACACUCUAGAUGAGCUAGAGAAGGCGUGCGCGCGUGGGUCGGGGCAACUUAAAGACGACAUUAAAGUGUACGAUGACAUUAUGGCUAGUCUAGAUGCAGUAACGGGACUUUUUUCAGUGGCUAAAUCAGGGUCUGAAGGCGAAAUUGGUGUCUUUGUAAGCAUGAAAAGAGCAAAGAAGAAAAUCGAGGAGAGUGCGCGCGUGUUUGCAUUUAGUAAAAGUGGCUCGGCUGUUGAUCCUAUUAAGUUCAUUCCCGAUUCCAGAAUUUCGGGUUGGUUGAAAAGUCUAAGAAUGUUCGGGACGUUUUCGUUUCAGAAGCGGGUUUACGUCGGGGAGCUUGUCGGGAAGUAUAACGUCCACACGGCAGACGAUAUGCGCGAUUGUGAUAUCUUCGGAAGCGAGUUUAUGAAGAACGGGACAUUGUUGCUGUGUGAUUGGGACAACAAGUGCGUGAAAAUGCUCGACUCGCAAUUAAAUGUCGUGGAAGCCCUUAACGUUGACGGCUCACCGAGCAACAUCUGUGUAAUAAAUCCCACCGAUGCCGCGGUGACACUGCCGAUGCUGAAGACCGUGCAAUUAAUUCAGCUGCAACCCAAAAUGGCCCUAAAGCACACGAUCAAAACAGCAGAAAGCUGUCGGGGUAUCGCCUGCCACAACGCGCAGCUUUUUGUCGUCUGCGGGGGUUUCAAGGGCGAAGGGGAAGGGAAGGUGAUAGUGUACUCGAUUUCGGGUGAUCUAAUUCGGACGGUUGAGCGAAACAAUGCUGGACAGAGGAUCUUCUCCUGUCCGAUUGCGAUCGCUUUGAGCGGCGACGGCAAGACAGAUGAUGACUUUGCAGGACAUGUUACCUAUAUCAAUAACUAUAAGUUGUAUAGAACUAAAACUACAACAAUUUAA